AAAACAAAUGAAUUUAAGUUAUAAGAAUUAAGAAGAUAUCAAAAAAUCUUUCAGAACUGAAACUGAAGCAAACUGCAAUCUAUCCAAUAUGCAAAAAACACGAGUUGACUCAGCUUCUGCAACUCGCUCUGAGCUUCAGACAACAACAAGCUCAACGCAAUGGCUUUUCAUAGUAUCCUUUUUCCUCCUUCUUCCGGUGGUUCUAGCUGCGCUUCUUUUCCGCCUCGAACCGUUCGAUCCGGUUCAUUUCCCGCCCCAUGAGAUAACCCGGCUCAACUUGGCCAGCACGGUUGCCCGCAACGAUAACAUGCGACGAGGCUCGGAGGUUGUCGGAAACGGACGCGUGGCGGGGCCGGAAGACCUGGUUUAUGAUGCGGAGGCGCACGUGGUUUACACGAGUUGUGAAGAUGGUUGGAUCAAGCGAGUGAGUUUAAGUAAUGACUCGGUGGAAGAUUGGGUUAACACGGGUGGAAGGCCUGGGAUUGGUGAGGGUGAGAAUGGAUAAGAAGGUAGAGGUUGUAACAGAUGAAGUUGAUGGAUUGAAAUUCAAAUUAACGGAUGGUGUUGAUGUGGCAAAAGAUGGAAUUAUUUACUUCACAGAUGCUACUUACAAAUACUCUUUAGAGGACCACUUCUUAGACUUGUUGGAGGGUAAGCCUCAUGGUAGAUUCAUGAGUUAUGAUCCAACAACAAACCAAACAAAAGUGAUUGCUCAUAAUCUCUACUUUCCCAAUGGUGUUGCUGUCUCACCAGAUCAACAAUUUGUCAUCUUCUGUGAAAGUUUUCUGAUGAAGUGCAAGAAAUAUUACAUACAAGGCCCUAAGAAAGGUACCAUUGACAAGUUUUGUGACCUACCUGGUGCUCCUGAUAAUAUUCAUUAUGAUGGACAAGGAAACUAUUGGAUUGGAAUAGCCACGGAAUAUACAGCUGAAGCGGAAUUAGCAUACAAAUACCCUUUCAUUCGGAAGGCUAUAAUGAUGUUUUCAAAGUAUAUAAUGAAUCCAAGUUUUGCCAAGAAUGGAGGAGUUAUAGCUGUUGACUUGGAAGGAAACCCAAUUGCUCACUAUUAUGAUCCCAAAUUAUCAUUAACUAGUGGAAUUAAAAUUGGUAAUCACAUUUAUUGUGGCUCCAUUUUCUACCCUUUUAUAAUAAGUCUUGAUGUCAACCAAUAUCCUGCCACCCACUCAACUUGAACAAUAAAAUACAUCUACCUCAUAAGAUUAUAUGAUGUAUGUUACUUUUUUUUUUAAUUAAUCUAUUUUCUGGCUAUGUAUUAAUUAAAAAGUUGAUUAAAAUCA